CCCUCUCCUCCGAAACAACCCCCCCAUUUUUUACAUAAAAAAAUGUAAUAUUAGGGUACCUAUAUCGCUCUGUGUCACGUCACGUGGCCUCCACACCCCGCGCUGCCCCUUCUCCGUGGCGCAGGAAUUUACUCAGGAGCAAACCCGAGGUCAGGCCUCCUGUACCCCGAGUCCUCGCAGAACGCUCCAGAAGCCCUUCUAUCAGAUCAUGCAUGCCACCUGUGGACAGAGGCAGUUUUGCUUCUUGUGUUCUGGUUUGGGUGCAUUUCGUUCCAUUCUCUUGCAUAACCGUUCUCACGAGGACCUCCCGGUAACUGGGCUGAAAAGAAGCAGCGAGAGUGGGCGUCCUUGUCUUGCUCCAGAUCCAAGAGGGAGAAGCUUUCGGGUUUUCACUGUAACUUAACAUUAAAAAAACCUUUUCUUCAUCUCUGGAGUUGAACGUGUAGAAGAAUGGAUUUGUUGAGAUUCAACCAAUUUACAUUGCUUUUCUGGAAAAAUUGUACCUUAAAGAGGAGGCAGUCAAUUGAUUUAAUAUUGGAAAGCUUAAUAACAUUGGUGUUUCCAAUUAUGUGUUUGGCAUUCCGCGCACUUAUUGCAAUACCUGUUGGUGGACCUCACAGUUUUACUCCACAAAGUAUCAGUACUCUGCCUUCUUUCCUCCAAAAUCCUCAAGAGUGGGAAUUGAUCUACAUGCCUUCGAAUAUUAAUGUGGUAAAAGAGAUCAUUGAGACUACGAAGGGGAAUCUAAACAUCAGCAUAAAAGUUCGAGGCUUUUCUUCAGAAGCCAAGUUUGAGAGUUAUGUGAAGUAUGACUAUAGAGCUUACAAAGUGCUGGCUGCCGUGGUUUUUUACUGUGACUUCAAAAACAGCAAUGACCCUCUGCCACUGCAGGUAAAGUAUCACCUGCGUUUAGUUAGGCUACAGAGGAAUUUCGGGAAGCCAGACGUGUCAGGCUGGAAAACAUCCUUUCUCUUUCCGCUUUAUAUCACUUCGGGACCCAGGAACCCCGAUGAUAAUGAUGGAGGAAGUCCUGGGUACAUCAGAGAAGGUUUUCUGUUUGUACAGCAGGCCUUAGAUAAGGCCAUCAUGCAAUAUCACGAGAGCAGGGCUGCACAGAAGCUGUUUGAUGGCAUUGACAUCUUCGUACAGAGAUUUCCACACCCAGUUUAUUCUCAUGAUAUAUUAGUUUGGAUCACUAGUGAUUUAUUCCCCUUGAUGUUUGUGCUCAUGUUCUCUCCAACUGUACUUUCCAUCAUGCGAUUCCUUGUGUGGGAAAAACAGAAAGGAUUGAAGGAGUACCAACUUAUAAAUGGAUUUGGAAACUGGAUGAUAUGGGCUUCCUAUUUCUUCACAGUCUUCUUCUUUUAUCUCAUUACUAUCUCUUUGAUAUGUGUGUUAUUCUUUGCCAAGAUUUUCAAUGAGCCAGUCUUCCGCUACAGUGACUAUAGUUUCAUCUUUGCCUUUUUUAUAUGUUAUGCCAUUGCUUCAAUAUUCUUUGGCUUUAUGGUCAGCACAUUCUUCAGCAAAGUUCAUUUGGCUUCUUCUUUUGGAAGCAUCCUGUAUUUUGCCAGUUUCUUUCCAUUUAAAUCCAUUGCUCAAGAUCCUGGACAGUUAACCCUCGCCAGUAAGUUGGCUGCCUGUCUCAGCUCCAAUGUUGCUUUGGCUCUGGGCAUUAAUUUUCUGGUCAAGUCAGAAAUAAAAGAAGUUGGUGUUAAGUGGGAUAGCCUGUGGACACCAGCCAACAUUCAGGAUAACCUCAUCAUUGGCUAUGUUUUUGGAAUGCUUUUACUUGAUGCUUUCUUAUAUGGCCUUGUGACCUGGUAUGUAGAAUCUGUCUUUCCAGGGCAGUAUGGCAUGCCCCAACCAUGGUACUUCUUUCUUAUGCGCUCAUACUGGUUUGGCCAAUCAAACAUUAGCAAGGAAGAAGAAGAAAUGAAAAGCUGUGAGAGAACUGAAAACAAAUAUUUUGAGGCUGAACCUGCUAACUUGGUGGCAAAUAUCCAAAUUAACCAUUUGUACCAGGAAUUUGGCAACAAAGUAGCAGUAAACAACUUGUCUAUGAAUUUAUAUAAGGGGCAGAUCACUAUUCUUCUAGGAGAAAAUGGGGCAGGAAAAACCACAACCAUGUCUAUUCUCGCAGGUUAUUACCCUCCUACCAGAGGGGAGGUCUAUAUCAAUGGAUAUGCCAUCUCAAAGUGUAAAGCUGAUAUUCGAAAGAGCAUGGGCUUCUGUCCUCAGCAGAACUUGUUGUUCAAUGACUUGACAGUGUCAGAACACCUUUACUUCUACUGUAUGGUAAAAAGGAAACGUCAAGAGAUUUACCAUGUGGAAAUUGACCGUAUGCUGUCUAUUUUUAACCUACGAGAAAAGCGUGAUACGUUUUCAAAGUUACUGAGUGCAGGAUUGAAGCGCAAACUCUCAAUCAUGAUAGCAUUUAUAGGAGGCGCUGAGGUGAUGAUACUUGACGAGCCAACAGCUGGCAUGGACCCCCUCUCGAGGAGAGCCACCUGGGGUCUCCUUCAGCAGUACAAACAGGAUCGCACCAUCUUACUGACCACCCACUACAUGGAUGAAGCUGACAUCCUGGGUGACCGCAUAGCCAUCAUGGUGAAGGGAUCCCUGCAGUGCUGUGGUUCUUCCGUCUUCCUGAAACACAUAUACGGUGCCGCGUAUCACAUAGUCCUGGAGACAGAACCACAGCGGGAUGUGGGAAAGAUCGUGGCAAUGAUUCAGUUUCAUGUUCCCGAUGCCAUUUUGGAAAAGUAUACUAGAGCUGAAUUAUCAUUUAUCCUACCCAAAGAGUAUGCACACAGGUUUACAGCUCUGCUUAAUGAUCUGGAGAUAGAACAAAAAGAGCUGGGCAUUUCCAGCUUUGAUGCCUCCAUCACAACCAUGGAAGAAGUCUUCCUUAAGGUCCGUAAACUGGCAGAUUCCCAAAAGGAUACUCAGCCUAUCGAGUCCUCUUCCUUCAUGAGCCAAAAAAUAAGACAAGACAUGAUGCAGAAUAUGAGUAUACCCAGAUGUUACCCAACACCGAUUUUUUCCAGAUUGAAUGAAAUUGCUACCAUUAAAUUUAAUACUGGGUUUCCACUUUACUGCCAGCAAUUUCAUUCGAUGUUUAUAAAGAGAGCACUAUUCAGUUGGCGCAACUGGAAGCUGAUGUUGCUACAAAUAUUAGUAAUUUUGGUUGUCACUGCACAUCUCUUAACAGGUCAAAACUUAAAAUCUGAGUUGCCCACAAGAGAGAUGGAUUUGAGUCAAUAUGGACAAACAAUUGUGCCUUACUCAGUUUCAGGGAAUUCUGAUUUGGCUCUGAAACUCAUAAAGAGCCUUAAGUUUUUUCUUAACCUUCAGAAUCAAGUAUUUCGUGAAGUGCAAGGUAAUGUAAAAAAGCAUUUAAUGGAACGUAAAGAGGGCCGCCUCUUCUCCAUCAUCGCACUUUCCAUUGACGUUGAGAAGAACAAAACAGUGCUGACUAUUUUGUUCAAUAAUGACGCUUACCAUUCGGCUGCAACGGCCCUGGCAGUGUUAGACAACGCUCUCUUCAUGUCCCUUUCUGGCCCCACUGCUUCCAUCAAAGUCUCCAACAAGCCCCAGCCUCUCCCUCUGUAUAGCUCUCACCUGGUGCCUACGGAUGGAUUACACAUAAUGAGGUGUUUGACCUUUGGCAUGGCCAUUGUGGUCGCUGGCUUUGGCUCCCAGACAGUGAUGGAGAGGACCACGAAAGCAAAGCACGUCCAGUUUGUGAGUGGGGCCUAUGUGCUCACGUACUGGCUCUCGGCCUUGCUGUGCGACCUCAUCUGCUUCUUCAUCCCCUGCUGCUUACUCCUGGGAGUGUUCAAAUACUACAGAGUCAACUACCUCGUUGAACAUUACCACUUCCUGGACACAAUGGUGAUCUUUAUGCUGUACGGUUGGUCUGUUGUUCCUCUCAUGUAUCUGGGAAGCUUCCUGUUUUCUAGUAGUGCUUCUGCCUUCGUCAAGCUCACCCUCUUUAACUACUUUUCGAUGGAGAUCAGCGUCAUCAUUCACAUCGUAAUACAAUAUGAUGUCUUUGACUUGACCGACUCCUUGCAAACCUUCAUAGAAACUGUGUUAAUGAUGCUUCCAUCUUACAACUUUGCAAUGAGUGUCAGCAAAUACUUUGAUUACCGUGAUAUAGAAAAGCUGUGCUCCCCAGAACUUCAAAGCAUCUAUGUGAACUGCAAUAAAAUAAGUCUUGAGAACAGCAUCUAUAAUUUUGGCGAACGUGGGAUUGCAAAGUUUUUGGUUUCAUUGGCCUCCCUGGGCUUCUGUUAUCUCCUCUUGCUUUUUUUUCUGGAGACUGCAUUCUGGAGAUUGAAAUACUUUGUCUUUCAAAAAAUUGUGUCUAAUGUGUAUGACACAGUCAUGAAAGGCAAGAAGACUCCAAUGUCCAUCCAAGUCAACAAGGUGUUUAAGGAUGAAAAUGUAGAAAAGGAAAAGAAGAGAAUCCAGGCACAGCUUCCCACGUUGAAGAACAGCCCACUGAUUCUUAAAGAACUUACAAAGACUUAUUUUAAGUGUCCAGUUGUCAAGGCUGUAAGAAAUAUCUCCCUUGUAGUCGAAAAGUCUGAAUGCUUCGGGUUACUUGGAUUAAAUGGAGCCGGAAAAAGCAGUGUAUUCAAAAUGUUGACUGGAGAUGAAACCGCAACCUCUGGAGUUGUGUUAAUUGAUGGCGUUAACAUGACUGAAAAUGUCAGAAAGCUUAGGUCAAGGAUUGGCUACUGUCCUCAGUCUGACCCCAUGCUGGACCACCUGACGGGUCGGGAAUUGCUGCUGAUGUACGCCAGGCUGCGGGGGGUCCCUGAGCCCCGCAUUUACGAGUAUGUGGAAACCUUUUUGCAUUCAGUGUACUUGGAAGACGCUGACCAGUUUGUACACACAUACAGUAAAGAAAACAAACGUAGACUGAGUACUGCUACUGCCUUCAUGGGAAAGUCCUCAGCUGUCUUCCUGGAUGAGCCAUGUACUGGCAUGGACCCCAGGGCCAGGCGCCUGCUCUGGGACACCAUUACGUGGAUGUGUGAAACUGGCAAGGCCAUCGUCAUAACUUCCCACAGCAUGGAAGAGUGUGAAGCUCUCUGUACCAAGCUGGCCAUCAUGGUAAAGGGGGAAUUCCAUUGCCUGGACAGCCCUCAGCGCCUGAAGAGCAGAUUCAGUGAUAUGUGCACUCUGACAGCAAAGGUUAGAAUGGACAAGAGUGAGGAUAUACUAGAGAAGUUCAAAGAAUUCAUUGCAGCAACCUUUCCAGGUAGCAUCAUAAACCAAGAGAAUCAAGGGAUUUUUGACUACCACAUUCCCAAGAAGGAGAUCUGCUGGGGGAAGGUGUUUAGUAUUUUGGAGAAAGCUAAAGCAUUAUUCAAUUUAGAAGACUAUUCCGUCAGUCAAAUAACACUGGAACAAGUCUUCCUGACCAUUGCCAAUAUUGAUAAAAUGGAAAGUGAUCAAGAAACAAAGCUGCUAUGAGAUUCUAUUCCAAACCCCGACCUUUAUGUCUGUCUUGGACAGCCGCCUGCUGCUAACGAAAUACAUAGAGGCAGCUCUCUCUCCUCUUCUCGUUGUCUUUUUCUUCUUUUCCUCCCCAUCCUCUCUUCCUCUCCCUCUUUCUUCUGUCUCUUCUCCCUUUCUCUCUGUGUGCACAAAUCAAAUUGAACCCCCAAAGAAGAAAAUUUGUAAUCUUUGGAGGUUAAGUUAAGCGACCUGUUGUCAAGAACUGAACUGUGAAGGGUCUGACCCUACUAAUAAUUAUCAAGUUAACUUACCACAGUUUCAUGAAUACUGGCAGAAGACAUUGGAGUCCUGAGUCAAAGACACAGGACUUGACUACAACAACAGCAGUAGUCAGAGAUCAUAUUUGUGCCAGUUCCCCAAUCCCUAAUUUUCACAGAGAGAGCCAGCCAGGUAAUGCCUGUACUUUCAGUGGGUUGUGCUGUAAGAGAGGAACCAUGAGCUAUGGAACCCGAGUCUUACAUAAUGGGCAGUAAAUAAACCUUCCCUAUCUUUGCUCUGGAAAGAAACAUUCUUAUUUUACUGAAUAGUAAGUAAAUCAUGUGGUAUUUGUCUUUCUCUCUGUGACCUAUUUCACUUAGCACAAUGCCCCCUAGCAGCUCUUUUGAAUCAGGAUCUCUGGGAAUGGGCUCUGUCAUCUGCUGUUUUCAUGUGUUUGAGAACCCCUGCUCUGUGCAGUUAGCAGUGUCCCAGUUUUUGCUCUUAUAGUGAACUUCCAAAAGCUGUGCCAUGUCAUACAGACUUCGUCACUUCAGAAGUCUGGUUUCUCCUUUUUUCCAUCUGUCAUCUGAGCUGGAUGAGAAUGGGUAUCUUCGUUCUGCCUACACAUAAGGUUCAUCCAUGCUGUAGCAUGGAUCAGUAUUUCAUUCUUCUUUAUUGCUGUACAGUACUCUGUUAUAUAGACUUAGCACAUUUUGUUUAUUCACCAGUUAAAAAAUUAUUUGGGUUGUUUCCACUUGUUGGCUAUUAUGGUUCAUGCUGCCAUGAACAUCUACAUGCUAGUCUGUGUAUGGAUGCACUUCCAGUUCUCUUGAGUAUGUUGCUAAGAGUGGAAUUUUGGGGUCACAUGGUCCAUUUAUUUUAUCCUGGUUUAAUUACUAAUAGUUCCCCCCCCCCGACUCUCUAAAUUGUCUUGG